GAGUUUACCGCACCAUCGCACGAAGUCAGCCCGAGCUCACCCUGGAUUCCCGGAGCUCGUCACCAUGCUUGGCUGGCUAUAGAAGCUCCAUGGAGCUAGCCAACUUCUACGAGGUCGAAGCCCGGCCAUCCAUGAGUGCCCAGCAGCCUCAAGCUCAGCAGCACGCUGCCUACGGCUACAGGGAGCCCCCGGCCACCGGGGACGUGACCGAGCUGUGCGAGAACGAGAACUCCAUAGACAUCAGCGCCUACAUCGACCCUGCCGCCUUCAACGACGAGUUCCUGGCCGAUCUCUUCCAUAACAGCAAACAGGACCGAGCCAAGGCCACCAUAGACUACCACCAGGGACUUGGAGGGGCUCCCGGGCACCCCCCGAUGUAUGGCUGCAUGGCUACCUACAUGGACAACAAGCUGGACAGUGGCUUGAGGCCCCUGGUUAUCAAGCAGGAGCCCAGGGAGGAGGAGGAGGCCAACCGGGUGUCUCUAGCUGCCCUUUACCCUCACCCUGCAAGCCAACACCCAUCCCACCUGCAGUACCAGGUAGCCCACUGUGCCCAGACCACUGUGCACCUGCAGCCCGGGCACCCGACUCCUCCACCCACCCCAGUGCCAAGCCCUCACCACCUCCCGCACCACCACCAUCUCCACCACCUGCAAGCUUCCUCGUCCAAGGCGAUGUCUUCUUCGUCUUCUACCUCCUCAUCGUCCUCAGAGACCAGAGGCAAGUCCAAAAAAUGGGUGGACAAAAGCAGUAACGAGUACAGGGUGAGGAGGGAGAGGAACAACAUAGCAGUCAGGAAGAGCAGGGACAAGGCUAAGAUUAGGAACGCUGAGACCCAACAUAAGGUCCUUGAGCUGUCCAACGAUAACGACAAGUUGAGGAAGAGGGUGGAACAGCUCAGCAGGGAGUUGGAGACCCUCAGGGGCAUCUUCAGACAGCUGCCAGAGAGCUCUCUGGUCAAAGUGAUGGGCAACUGUGCAUGAGGAGGUCCAAGCCAACCUCCUUAUUCUUGAACUCCCCUCCACCUCCUG